UUAGACCUCGUUCGGUUUUAAGGGAAUGAGAUUCCCAGCCACAGACUUCGUUAGCCAUCUUCGUCUCUUCGAUCAUGAACACCACCGAAAGCCGCGCGGCCCCAACACGAGGUAGAGACCUGAAACCCAUCGUAAUAGAGCCCGAUACGUUUUACAGUCCCCGGCUGUCGGUUGCGAUCCAACCUCUUCGCUCUUUGCCCUUUAAAUAUAUACUUCAACUCUUUCCUCUAUCUAGCACUCCAGCCUGCCGCCUUUACCAACCGCGCCUUGCCGACGAGACACCGACCUCCCUUCCUCCGUUCGCCUGCACCUCUGAUCUUUGUACGUUCUUUCCCUCGCACGCCUCAACAUGGAGCACGCCGAAGAAGAAAGGCGAACGAAUCUACCUUCAAAUACCAAGGUACGUACAACAAAACUAACAGAUUAUUACCAACUUCAUCAUAAAAUAAAUCCGUUGACUGUAAUUUCUUCUGCUUUUAUUUCACAGGUAAAGGAGACCUUCAGUCCAAUGUUGGUCCUCAUGAUGCUGAUGUACCCAACUUUGCUCGGCUUCGUCCUCCUCGCACGACUGGCCACGUUUGCUCUCAUCAUCCCAACACCCACCGUCCCAGGUGGCACCGCCGACGCUGGGAAGCUCCACGGCACCAACGACCUCUGGGAGACGGCGGGUGCGGGUGCUAUAGUUCGCACAGGAUUUGCCUUCAUCUCCAUUGCCCUCCUCCAUCUCUUUCUCAUCUGCUAUAUCGUCCGAGGGCCUUCCGGGGCUUCCUUCAUGGAGACUCAUCGGAAUGGAGGCUCUUGGGCUUUCACUGCCUCGAUAGCUUUCUGGCUCGUCACCACAAGUUUCUUAUUGACUUACACUAGCAUGGCAAGGUAUGGUGCUCAUGGCAUAGAGUGGGGCUUUGCAGUAUUGAUCUCUAUUUGCAUCCUUCUCGUCUCUGUGCCACCUCUCUGUGCCCCAAUUGAGAAGGUAGUGGUUGGUUAUCCCCCUAGAGCUAUGGUGUAGUGUUGACAAAUCCGUUGAUCCACUUGGAACUUUGCAAGAGUAGUCAUCGUGUAUCUACUUGGCCUAGUUAAAUUUCUUCUUUUGUUAGCCAUUGGUAGUUGAAAAUUAGUUUCUUUUAGAAUUUGUCUACUCAGAGGUCGAGUUUGUGACUUUUGAAUAGUUGGUCAGUUGGAUCAAGCUCCAUCUGUUUUUUCUACCUCUGAUCUAUUUCUUCAUCCUCUGUUGUGUUUUCCCUCUA